AUGACAGGACAGCAGGCAGCCGGUCCCUUUAUACUCCCAGCUGUCCGCAGGAGACGAAGAAGCAACGGAAAGACGAGCGCACAAGAGUCGAGAAAUAAGAGUUGGCAGCGACAGGACAGUCCCGAUCAGCAACGGCGAAAUCUGCGAUUGCUAUUUAUUAUUCAACCACAAUGGGGGCUUUUUUAUCUUCCUCUCUUUGCUUCUUCUUGUUUUUUUUUUUUCUUUUUCUUCCUGCCCUUCUUCUUUGCUGCUGCUGCUGCUGCUGCUCUCAGCCCGGCGCGAGAAAAUAAAAUGACUGUGUUUCUGUCCCUCCCUCGCUCCCCCCCCCCUUCGCCCCUGGACCAGAGUUGCAUGGCAGAGCACGGGAAUGGACAUGGGCCAAGUGACUGCCUGCGGCCCGUUUCUCGAAAGGAAAAGAAAAGAAAAGAAAAGAAAAAAAACCGAAAGGCCAGUCAGUGUGGUUUGUCUCCGGUGAUUUCGAGAGCAAGAGUUCAUUCCAUCCAGGCCAUAUUUGGAUAUAAAGAUGAUAUAUAUACUCCGUAUAUACGGGUUAAUAGAGUGGAAGGAGUGUACGGAGCACAGCACUCGAGCAGAGGGCUGUUGGGCAGCAAGCUUCCCGUCACAGCCUCCUUCGGCCUUCCCUGGAAGAUCGCGCGCCUCCGAGCAGAACGCUAG